AUGAAAGUGGUUGGGUUGACAUCUGGAGGGAAGGAUAGUUGCUACAGUUUGAUGAUGUGUAUGAAGGAUGGACACGAUGUCGUAUGUCUUGCUAAUUUACAUCCACCGAGUGAUAGCGAGGAGAUGGAUAGUUAUAUGUAUCAGUGUGUCGCCCACACAGCACUUCAGCUAUACAGUGAAGCUUGUGAUCUCCCGCUUUAUCGUCGCGAAAUACAAGGAAGACCGAUAAAUACAGGUGUCUUUUAUGAAGAAGCAAGUAAUGAUGAAGUGGAAGAUCUGUAUGCGUUGCUUGCGUUCGUCAAGCAGAAACAUCCUGAUAUUGAGGCUGUUUCUAGCGGCGCUAUUCUGAGUAACUAUCAGAGAAAUCGCAUUCAGAAUGUGUGUCGGAGAUUGAAUUUGGAAUCAUUAACUUACUUGUGGAACUCUGACGAAGCUGUGCUGUUCAACGAAAUCAUUUCAUCCGGAAUUGAAGCAAUUAUUGUUAAAGUGGCUGCACUAGGUCUAUCAACAGAGCAUCUCGGGAAAUCCUUAAGCGAGAUGAAGGAUAUUCUGUUGGACCUCAGUACCCGAUACGGCGUUCACAUUUGUGGUGAGGGUGGUGAAUAUGAAACGUUCGUUGUUAAUUGUCCAUUUUUUAAGAGAAAAAUUGUUAUAGAUGAAACAAAAAUUGUGGAGAAUUCUGUGAAUGAUUUUGUGACAGUGGCCUAUCUUUCUCUUUCCAAAUUGCAUCUUGAAAAUAAAUGA